UAAAUAAAUAAAGAUACCACAAGAUUGUCCUUAGACGGUAUUUCUACUCCCCUCACCCUAAAACAAUCCGUGUGCUUGAUGCUAUGAUGCCAACUUCCCAGAUGGAGAAACUGAGACUGAGGCAUCAAGAACUUGGAUUGUGCAUCCUUUUCUCCCUUUCUCCAGAAAAAGGAACCCUGGGCUGCCCUGAUAGCUAUAGGAAAGGAGGCACCAACAACAGGCAUUCUCAAGGUCCCUAUACCCAGCAUCCAACUUGCACACAACCUAGUCAUGGAAGUCUCUUCCCAUCUGACCUUUCCAGUAGCCUAAGAGACAAUUUUCCCAUUCUCACUGUGCAGAUUAGCAAAAUUGAGUCUAGGGAAAGAGCAAUAAUGUGAAGACCCUUUCGAUGGGAGUUGGGGCUUCCAACUGCCUUCAAUUCCAGUGGCAGUUCAGAGUACAACUUUAGAUGUCAACAAAUCUGGACAUAAAUAGUUUGCCCUUCCCAAGGGAAUUUGAUCAUUCAAAGCCUCAGUUUUUUAAUCCAUAAAAUGAACAGGAUUCAAUGAGAAAAUGUAGGCGAAGUCUUAGCCCAGGAAGAACUUGCAAUUUUUUGUUUCUGAUUUCCAAAAAACAAAAGAAAAUGAAAAAUAAAGAAAAAAGCAGAGUAUGGUGUUUGUGAGAACUCUGUGCAAAGCAAGAGUCAACUUGGAUCUGAAUGGGUAUUUGUGCCUGAGUUUUGUGACCACUCAGAGAAUUUAGAGCAAGUCAGGAAUGACAUCGCUUGGAAGGAUCUGAGUUGUAGAGUCAGAGAUCUGGGGCUGAUCGUGGCUUUGCCACCAGCUUUGGACUGGGCAUCCGACCUAACCAGCCCUCAGUUUCCUUAUCUGUAAAAUGGGGGAUCAUGAUAAACCAUUCCUUCUCAGGACUGCUAUGAACCCUGGAGGUCCUGGCAUUGUGGGGGACUCAGCAUGUCCCCACUCCAGGCCUGACAGGUCUUCCUCUUUGACCCCAGACACAGCUGUGAUCAGCCCCCAGGAUCCCACACUCCUCAUCGGCUCUUCCUUGAAGGCCACAUGUUCAGUGCUCGGGGACCCACCAGGGGCCACUGCCGAGGGUCUUUACUGGACUCUCAAUGGGCGCCGCCUGGCCCCUGAGCUUUCCCGUGUGCUCAAUGCCUCCACCCUAGCCCUCGCCCUCGUCAACCUCAAUGGAUCCAGGCAGCAGUCAGGGGACAACCUUGUGUGCCAUGCCCGCGACGGUAGCAUCUUGGCUGGCUCCUGCCUCUAUGUUGGCUUGCCCCCUGAGAAACCCUUUAACAUCAGCUGCUGGUCCAAGAACAUGAAGGACUUGACCUGCCGCUGGAUGCCUGGGGCCCACGGGGAGACCUUCCUCCAUACCAACUACUCCCUCAAGUACAAGCUGAGGUGGUAUGGGCAGGACAACACAUGUGAGGAGUACCACACAGUGGGGCCUCACUCCUGCCACAUCCCUAAGGACCUGGCCCUCUUUACACCCUAUGAAAUCUGGGUGGAGGCCACUAACCGCCUGGGCUCGGCGCGCUCUGAUGUGCUUACACUGGACAUCUUGGAUGUGGUGACCACGGACCCCCCUCCUGAUGUGCAUGUGAGCCGCGUCGGGGGCCUGGAGGACCAGCUGAGUGUGCGCUGGGUCUCGCCACCUGCCCUCAAGGAUUUCCUCUUUCAAGCCAAGUACCAGAUUCGCUAUCGUGUGGAGGACAGUGUGGACUGGAAGGUGGUGGACGAUGUGAGCAACCAGACCUCUUGCCGCCUGGCUGGCCUGAAACCAGGUACUGUCUACUUUGUGCAAGUACGCUGCAACCCCUUCGGCAUCUAUGGCUCCAAGAAAGCUGGAAUCUGGAGUGAGUGGAGCCACCCAACGGCUGCAUCCACUCCCCGCAGUGAGCGCCCGGGCCCGGGCGGCGGAACGUGCGAGCCGCGGGGCGGCGAACCGAGCUCGGGGCCGGUGCGGCGCGAGCUCAAGCAGUUCCUGGGCUGGCUCAAGAAGCACGCAUAUUGCUCGAACCUCAGCUUCCGUCUCUACGACCAGUGGCGAGCCUGGAUGCAGAAGUCGCACAAGACCCGCAACCAGCACAGGACGAGGGGAUCCUGCUCUCGGGCAGACGGAGCACGUCGAGAGGUCCUGCCAGAUAAGCUUUAGGCCACCUUCCCUGCCACGUGGAGACCCAGGGAUGGAACCCAAACUGGGGCCACCUCUGUACCCUCACUCCAGGGUGCCUGAGCACCCUCAGCAGGAGCUGGGGCAGGCACUCUUGAGUUUUGACAGCCACAACAGCUCUGAGCCCCAUGUGAGGCCACCUCUGGGUGCACCCUAGCGUGUGGUGGGGUGUGCAUGAGGGUUGGUUGAGCAGUCCAGAACCCUUGCUGGGGCUGGGGGUGAAAAGGAGUCAUUAUUCCCCCAACCAAGGGUCCUUCUAAAAGAGUCUUUUAAAAUAAAAUGAGCUAUUUAAGUGC